CUACAUGCUAAAGCAGCCUCUGCUUCGGCCUCGCUGCUGAUUCACAAUAGACCAAGCAUUUCGCGGCGGUUUACGCCUAAAUCCGCUGUUUUGUACGACAGUAGGGGAAGUGCAGCUAUCGGCCUGUUGCUGUAACCUGAUUUUUGUGAAGCACCUAACUUUGCAAUGGGCAAAAAGUCUCGCGAAGAAGAGUCCUCAUCUGAUGAGGAAGAAUAUGUUGUGGAGAAGGUGCUGGACAGGAGGGUGGUGAAAGGCAGGGUCGAGUUCUACCUGAAGUGGAAAGGAUACUCAGACAAGCACAACACAUGGGAGCCAGAGAAGAAUCUGGACUGCCCUGAACUUAUUUCAGAGUUCAUGAAGACGUACAAAAAGGGCAGCAGUGCUGCUGCCACACCUAGCAGUGGGGGCAGCAAAACAAGCACAAGCUCCUCUGGACGCUCCAAAGAUUCCAGCAGCUCAAAGAAGAGGGUUUCAGAAGAGGAGGAGGAGGAGGAGGAUGAAGAGGAGGGUGCUAGUAAGUCCAAGAAGAAGAAAGAGGAUGAAAUUUUAGUUGCACGUGGCUUYGAGAGGGGCCUUGAACCAGAGAAGAUUAUUGGAGCAACUGACUCGUGUGGAGACUUAAUGUUCCUCAUGAAGUGGAAAGACUCUGACGAGGCAGAUCUCGUACUUGCCAAGGAGGCCAAUCAUAAGUGCCCGCAGAUUGUCAUAGCCUUCUAUGAGGAGCGUCUCACCUGGCAUGAAGACGGUGACAAGAAGGAGAAGGAUGCCGUCAGUGCGUGAGUGUAUCACCUCCGGAGCAAACCUCCACUGCAGGGACUACCUUGAGUCAGACAUUUUUUUUUCCACCAAAACUCCCUCACCGUUUUACCAUGUUCGGCAAUGACAACAAGAUGGCAGACACGGUUAUAGUGUGUGUAAUGUGUGUUUUUCUCCAUCCGUGUCCCACUGGAACACGAUGGCCCAGACUGCUGAGGGGGAUCCAUCAUGUAGGAGGAGAAACUGUAGUGGAUGUGGGUGAUAUGCUACUGGGGAAAGUUUCUACUGUAUUGUCUCUGUAUUCAUGAACCUUUUUUAAAUAUCUUGACAUAUAUGUUUUAGUGCUUUCAGGAUGUGAUUAUCACAGUCGAAAUAAAAGUCGUGGUGCAAAUUGUUACUUUUUAAAUGCCUAAAUUUUGUCUCCAAUGUUUUUAAUGUUUCACUUCUUAUAAAAACACAACAAAAAAAAGGCUUACUAUUGUAUGUUCAGGAAGCAACACUUUUCUGACUGUGUAAUUGCAUCCUUCUUUUUUUAAAAACUUUUGUCUUGUAGAUUUUUUUUCUCUCCCCCCCCCUUCUGCAUUAUUUUUGACCAGGCUAUAAUUACUACAUUUAAAACCUUGUCUAUGCUUAGUGUUCCAUUUUUUUUAUAUAUAUACUUUUUUUGUCUUACAAGUUUCAUUACAUGAAUCUGAUAAGUUUCACUGGUUAAAGAAAAACAAUAAAACAUUUUACUCAGCUCUGUGCGUUUUUCAUUGAGCAAAGUGUUAAUUUAGUUUCUAGAGUUUUCACAGGUUAGACAAUCUUCACUGUUCACAAAAUCAGAUAUUCACGGUUAUGACUGGUUUUUGUCACCUUGUAGUUUAAAAAAAAUCCCAGACUUUGUGACCAAUGUUGACACCCAUUAAGUAUUGUAAAAAGUAUGUUUUUCAUUUUAGAAAUAAAAUGGUUUUACAAGGUU